UAUGAGCAAAUUUUUAUUUCCAGAUGAUUGAUUCUGAAGAAACUAAAACACACAUGAGCAAAAAACGGUACUUAAAUAGGCGAGGCAUCGACCCAGAACUCGUACACGCAUGCGUUAAUAUUAAGCCAACGGUAUUUGUAAAAUUACAAAAGCCAUAACAAGAAAAAAAAAUUAAUUAGUCUUCGAUGUUAUAUGUUAUAUGUUUCGAUGCGAUGAGUGAUCGAGUUUGUAUAAAAGUUAGUGUCUGAUGUUAUUCAAAGUAAACUUUAACAAGUAAAUUGGUUUUUUUACUGACAUUCAAAAAUGAAUUUGGUCGCAUAUACAUAUUUACUGAGCAAUUUCAUUCUUUCAACUUCAAAUACUCUACGCUUAUCCCGUGACGUAAAUUCUUCUCUUCAAAUUAAUAACAGAAAGAAUUGGGAUUUUAAAGUAUAUGAUGAGUAUACUGCGAUGUUUCUAAAAAAUGCAAAUUUUGAAGAAGCUGAAAAUUAUGGAUUACAAGCAAUGAAUUUUUUGUUUGAAAUAGAAGAAAAAAAAAUAUUUGAAAAGGGAUUAUUUUUGAAUUCCAAUCAUCCAGCACACUACGUUGCAGCAUUCAAUUAUCAAACUGAUGAAGCAAAAAGCUUCGCUAGAGUAGCAUAUGCUGCUUUGAAAGGCUCCAGAAAUUUGAUUGAAAAGUUUUUCAAUGAAACUUUAACCAAUAAUUUGGAGUGGAAAUCUUCAGCAUUGUUGACGCGACAAACAGCAGGAUUCCAAGAACGUUGUCCCCGGAAAAAUAAGCCCAGUUGUCCUCCAGCGAGUAUUAAAUAUCGAACGGCCGAUGGGAGAUGUAAUAAUUUACAACAUCCUUGGUGGGGAUCAGCUAUGUCAACAAUGCAAAGAUUUCUAGAUCCAUUUUAUGAUGAUGGAGUUGAAACAAUAAGAAGAUCAAUGAAAAGUCGUCAAUCAUUACCAAGUCCACGUGAAGUUUCAACAAUGAUUCAUGAAGACAAAAAUGUACCUCUAACAUCAGUCACACAUAUGCUCAUGCAGUGGGGGCAAUUUAUUGAUCACGAUAUAAUUGCUACUGCACAAAGUAGAGGAUUCAAUGGUACAUUUCCACAGUGCUGUCGAAAACAAGGAACAGAAUUUCAGCCACCAGAACUUAUGCAUCCAGAUUGCUUACCCAUAAUAGUUAAUUCUCAAGACAACUUUUAUGGAAAAUUGGGAGUUCGUUGUUUAGAAUUUGUAAGAAGUGGUCCAGCUCCACGAGAAGAUUGCGGUUUUGGACCCAGAGAACAAUUGUCCCAAGUUACUAGUUUUAUAGAUGCUUCAAUGGUUUAUAGCAGCAGUGUUCAGCAAAGUAAUAAUCUACGAGUUUUUCGUAACGGCCUUUUACAUUAUGGUGAGAUAAAUUCUCUGAAAUCUACAAAAGCUGGGUCAGAUAAUCAUUGUCAACGAGGCUCAUUAUCAACUAAUUGUUUUAGAGCGGGAGAUGCCCGACUUACCGAGCAGCCUGCUCUUACUUCACUUCAUAUAGUUUUGCUUAGACUACACAAUAAACUUGCCACCGAAUUAACGGCUCUUAACCCACAUUGGAGUGAUGAGAAACUCUUUCAAGAAAGUCGAAAAAUCGUUGGAGCUGUAGUUCAACAUAUUACUUACCGUGAAUACUUACCCAUAUUACUUGGACCUCAAAUAAUAAAAAUAUUUGGACUUGACCUUAAAGAAACUGGUUAUUAUGAUGACUAUGAUCCAGCACUAAAUCCGAAUAUUGCUAAUUCUUUUGCAACUGCAGCUUAUCGCUUUGGUCAUUCCUUGGUUCAACAUAGCUUUGCCAGAUAUGAUGGAAAACAUAAUCUUAUAUUCGACAAUAUUUCCAUACAUGAUGAAUUUAAACAUAGAGAAAACUUACUAAGUCCAGGAUCUGUUGAUCGUUUACUAUUAGGGUUAAUAAAUCAAGUUUCGCAAAGAAGAGAUGAGUUCAUAACUAAAGAACUAACGGAACACCUUUUCCAGUUUCCAAAUUUUCCGUUUGGCAUGGAUCUUGCAUCAAUUAAUAUUCAACGAGGUAGAGAUCAUGGAUUGGCGCCUUAUGUUAAAUGGCGAAAACCUUGUGGCUUGUCAGCAAUUCGUACAUGGCAGGACCUAGAAAAAAUUCUGUCAGCUAAGACCGUUAGAAAAUUAAAAAGCUUGUAUGAAACUUUAGGAGAUAUUGACCUUUACGCUGGAGGAUUAUCAGAGAAGCCAAUUCUUGGAGGUAUUGUUGGACCAACAUUUGCUUGUAUUAUUGCUCAACAAUUCAACCAUCUGCGAAAAGGGGACAGAUUUUGGUAUGAAAACGGAAACUUAGAUAAUAGUUUUACUUUAGCUCAAAUCAACCAGAUCCGUCAAAUUUCACUUGCUAAAAUAUUGUGUUACACCGUAGACAGUAUUGAAACAGUUCAACCCUUCGUAUUUCUAGUCGCUGAUAAACUUAAUAAUAAGAGAAUGUCAUGUAAAAAAUUUAAUCAUUUCAAUCUAAUACCUUGGAUUGAUUUAAGAAAAAGUAAUCAAGAACAUAAUAAUAUCUUACAUGAUAUAAAUAUGGACAUUAACCAUACAAACUCUAGAAAUCAGUCUAGAAUGUUUCCAAGACUAAAACCUAAACCGGUCAAAGCUAAUGUAAAUCAGAAAAAUAACAUUGUAAUGAAGUGGCCUUUCGGAUCAUCUUAUGAAAAUGUUACAAUAAUUAUAGAAAAUCAUGUUUUCAACUCACCUACAGUAAUCAAUAAUGCAAUUCGUGGAGUUCCAACAGAUUAUUCAACUAAUCUAGCGCCACAUAAGGAUGAAACUGGUAAAAAAAAUCACUUGCCGUCAUUAAAUCAAAAUUUACUAUCAAAGUUUAUAAAUUUUAACAAUUCCAAAGAGAAUUCCAAAUCAACGUCAUAUAUAGAAGAUUUUUAUACCGAUGAAUUACCGAAACCUAUUAAAUUAAAAUAUUAGCUUACAUGAAAGACAAGAGUGUGAAAAAGUUAUUUAACCCUUCGUAGGUAGCGUGUCUUUUUCGAACUAAGUCGGUCGCAUGGUGAGCGCUCCGCCGCCGUGUUAAAACGUACGCGCUGUUGCCAAAUGUAAACUAAUACUAUUUUCUUGUGAGACAAAGUAUUUUUUCAAUGUUUUAUGAU